AUGAGUGCCUUUGCGACGGCCAGUGGGGACGAACAGGUGCGAGGCCUCAUUUUGCGGCCUGAACAUGCGAAGAGGUUCAUUUCAGCUGAAGACGUAGGACAUCCUGGUAGCCAGAAAACCCUGGAGAUCAGAAAGCACAAACUGUGGUGUGUACCUGUGGGCGGCAAGAUGUAUAUCAUGGCAAGCGGUCAUAAGAAAAACGAGCAAGGGUGCCCCGUCCUGACAUGUCACGGGAUAUUGGAGUUUCAGGGCAACGAAUCACUGGAAGAGGGGGCGUUCAGUGAUCACUUCAACCGCCACUUUUGCACGGUUGAAGAGCUUCGAGCACUGACAUCCAAAAGUCACCAUUCGGCGGGCAAAUUCCACGGUUGGAAAGUUCGGCUUGUGGAAGCUUUCGAUCCGAUCAAGUACCUGGUCAGACCUUUGGGAGAGGUCAUGAACAAGGAGUGGGUCAAAUUCCUUCCGAGUGAUUUGACGAAUACUCCAGAGAGCUCAACCUCCACGCUCGUGGAUGCUACGAUGGUUGGUUUGCAGAUGCAAGAUGAUCUCGAAAUGGAACUCGAGCAGCUGCUGGACACCCUGCACCCAGAUUCUGUGGAUUCCGUUAUUAUGGAAACACAAAGUGCUGGAAUUGGAGAGCGAGGACCUCAUCAAGCCACCUCCACACAGGAUGCCAUUGACAAGACAAAAGCCACAGAACUUCAGGAUGCGGUCGACAAGACAAAUUCCACAGAACUUCAGGAUGCAGUCGACAUCACCAAACACACAGUGACAGAAUCCCAUGUGGCCCAUGUGAAGUCUGAGGCAAGCCUAGGAAGAGUGGCACCCGCGGGCAGUCCCAAGGCCACGUGCAAGGGCAGAUCAUCACGGCGCGACGAGCGCUUCGGGUUACGAAGUAUUCAAGGCAUGAAGAAUCUAUUCGGUCUCACUGCCAUGCCUGAGUCAAACGUCGGUCUCGCUGAUGUGACUCCUCAGCCUCAGCCGGUCCCACAGCCGCCAACGGCUGACCCAGCCACUCAAGUCACCCGGAGUACGAUUGACCAACGAAGGGCCCCAGCUUCAGCUUGGACGGCCCCAACCGUUCAAGGCAUCCGGCAGCUGUUUAAUGUCCCUCCGGCGCCUCCUGUCCCUCCUCCACCAGCAGCUGAAGCCUCCGGCGCAGGAUGUGUUGGCAAGCACGAUUCAGAGUCUGCAUGCAGCCACACACAGGCACCCAAGCCCAAGGCCAAACCCCAGCCUUCAGCCUCAUUGCUAGAGCGAUCCAUCGUCCAUGACUUGGAUGGCAUGUUCGACUUUUGGGAUUUCAGCUUGGAUAAGAUGGUCGACGGUAUGUCGGAAGAUGAUCGACUCGACACAUGGGAGCGGCUGGCCAACACUCUGGAAGACGACAGCUUAUCAACGGCUUACUCGGGUGUGCGUGCCCCAGAAACGGCGAUGUCAGUGAUGCGCUACCGGCUUGGAUUGCGGCUGGGCAGGGAAAUCAAGUGCAACCACCACAGCAUCUCUCACGCGAUCGAAUGGAAUCCCGAUGCACAGGCAGAAUGCCUACUAUCUGCUCAGCACGAAGGUGGAUGUGUGUUUGGUAACAUCGCCGAUUUCUUCAGGAGCGAGUUGAAGAUCUCCGUGAUACCACAGCUCCUUGAAAAGCCUGCCAUGGCUCUGGAUGUUCUCCAGCCAUUGCUCCGCACCAAUCGGCUGGUGCAAACAAGUGCGCCAUGCCUUGCUCAUGGCCGCACUUGUUGUUUAAAGACCUGCAACCGGCACAUUGCAGGCACGAGCUGCCGCCCUUUCUCGAAGCGGGGUGCCGGGCUGGGAUGCCAUGACCAUGAAAUCAUCUACUUCAUGGCAUGGCUGGGGUUGAGAUUGGUCCUGCAGGAGGCAGAUGUGACACAGGAGAACGUGGUGGGGUUCCCUGUGGAUAUCAUCGAGCAGGCCGUCUCCAGCAUCUACCACAUCGAGGUAUGUGAGCUAGAUGCUGUGCAGUUCGGCUGUGCCUGUGCGCGCCGGAG